AUGGCUUGGCGAAACCAGGGCAUCACGGGCUCCAACAACAUCCCCCUGGGCAAGACUCGACGCUUCGGUGGCGAACCUGACGACGAUGUCCCCGACCGCGACCUGAAGCGUGGCCGCGACCCCGAACCGCGAAGCGAGGCCGAUGGCCCUCGCCGCCGAAAGAAGCGUAACCGCUGGGGCGAGGCCUCGGAGAACAAGGCGGCCGGCCUCAUGGGUCUGCCCACAGCCAUCAUGUCCAACAUGACGAGCGAGCAGCUCGAGGCAUACACUCUCCACCUUCGCAUCGAGGAAAUCAGCCAGAAGCUUCGCAUCGACGACGUAGUCCCGGCUGAUGGCGACAGAUCGCCGUCUCCCCCUCCGCAAUACGACAACCACGGGCGACGUAUCAACACCCGUGAAUACCGAUACCGCAAGCGACUCGAGGAUGAACGUCACAAGCUUAUCGAACGAGCGAUGAAAACCAUCCCCAACUAUCACCCUCCUCAAGAUUACCGACGUCCGACCAAGACCCAGGAGAAGGUCUACGUGCCCGUCAAUGACUAUCCGGAGAUUAACUUCAUCGGUUUACUCAUCGGCCCUCGUGGUAAUACUCUGAAGAAGAUGGAGGCCGAUUCUGGAGCAAAGAUUGCCAUCCGCGGCAAAGGCAACCAAGAAGAGGACCUUCACUGCCUCAUCAUGGCCGAAUCCGAAGAGAAGAUCAACAAGGCCAAGCAGCUAAUCCACAACGUUAUCGAGACGGCUGCUUCCAUCCCUGAGGGGCAGAAUGAACUGAAGCGCAACCAACUUCGAGAGCUCGCUGCGCUCAACGGUACACUGCGUGACGACGAAAAUCAGGCCUGCCAGAAUUGCGGUAAGAUCGGGCAUCGCAAGUACGAUUGCCCUGAGCGACAAAACUUCACCGCCAGCAUCAUCUGCCGAGUUUGCGGUAAUGCUGGCCACAUGGCCCGCGACUGUCCGGAUCGCCAGAGAGGCAGAAUCGGCGCAGGCGGCGGGGGCGAUGCGGUUGACCGCGAGAUGGAGCAACUCAUGCAAGAACUCGGCGGAGGUCCCAGUGCUCCGGCCCAGAUUGAGGCUGGACCCGGCGGGCACGGCGGGCACGGCGGGCACGACGGCGGUGAUGCCAGGCCCUGGCAACGCGCUCCCGCCGGCGGACAAGCUCCGUGGCGCUCUCAACGACGCCGCGGUCACGAUGACCAAGCUGACACCUACCACGGACACGGCCACGACAACGACCGCGACCGUGACCGCGACCGCGACCGCAAUCGCGACCGUGACCGCGACUACGGCCGUGACAAUGGCCAAGGCCACAGCCAUGGUUAUGGUUCGGGCUAUGGUUCGGGCUCGGGCUAUGGCUCCGCCCCCGGCUCGGGUGCUCCUGGCGCUGCCCCGUGGCAUCAGCCUCCCCCUGGGACACACGGUGGCUACCCUGGCUAUGGUGGAUACGGUGGUUACGGCGGCGCUCCCGGCACGGCUCCUCCUCCUGGCCCGCCUCCCGGUCUCGGCCCGUAUGGGGGUGCAGCGCCGCCUCCGCCGCCUCCUCCAUCCGGCGAGUCGCCGCCUCCGCCGCCUCGCAAUCAACCGCCACCGCCUCCUCCCCCGGGCGCUUAG